CUUCGAAUCCUGGAUUUUGUAGCAAAGGGAACAACAGGAUUGGCCGAAAUGUUUUUGUUAUUGAAAGAAUGGCUAUGGAGAAGGUGAAAGGAAAGGUGACAAGUCAUUUUCAUCUUCGACGUCAUUCGAUAUGGAAGAAAGGUUUUAGAGUUCACCAGACUCUUUCCACCAUUUUGUUAAAUGAGCUAAAUCUUUACGAACGACUGUUUCGAAAUAUGUUAGGUUGGUGGAUUCCAAAUAUUAUUGAAUUGGUCUUAACUCCUACGAUUGUUUUAGUAGAUAUCGUUCAGCAUUUUAACAUAAUUCUUUUAAGAAAUCCUCUGCUCGUCAAGAAUGAGUAUUUCUAUUCAGAUUCUUCGGUAGCACCGGGAAAAGUUUAGACUGAUUCUGUGCUGAGAAUCAGGGAACUAUCAUAAAUGAAAUAGGUUGUGACAUUCAACUUCAUCGUUUAUAUAAAUAGCAAAGGUUUGUGUCAAGAAUCAUCCCUACGUCAUCGAAUGAUUCCAUAUAUAAUUGGGCAAAUACUUUGUUAAGGAAUGAAGAUUGAACUCGCCCUGCCUAUAUUUCUCCUGAUUAAAUCUUCAACAUCAUUUCUCCUUAAUUGAUGCGGAUGCUUCUUUGUGAUUGAAAUGAUGAACUCCUUCACGGCAGAUUGAAUCGUCUCAUCCCGCUUCUUGUCAACAAAAGAGAGGCAAAUCUCGGAAGAAUCCGACCCAUUUCGGCACACCUUGACAACUCCUCCAAGAUGCCAUCCAUUGAUUGGGGUAUCCAAGGAACAUCGUCCCCAGGUCAUACGCAUGCUGAUGACUCAGACCAACCUUUCAUGCUACUCACUACCAAGAAACACCUUAUACGCCCUUACAGUAGCAGUCACAUUCAAGCGUCGCUUCGAAGACAUGAUCGCGACGCGGUCAUCCCACGAAGCCGGACGGCGGUUAGAAGAACGACCGCGGUGAACGGAGGGAUGAGACCAUUGGCGGGAAAUUAUCGUGCAGCUUCUGCGGCAGCUUCACUUCGUGUUUCUCACAUGAAGGCCCGUGUGAGAAGUGCCGACUGUAAGAGCAAUGUCUUUACCGAUGAUGAACUGGAAAUCGACUACCGGAGGAUAGAAGACGAAGACCCUGAUCGCAUGACCGAGUCUGACGUCUACCAGGAAGUCAGGAAACUCAAGACACAUAAUAAUUACGAGCACGAAUCGCUCCGUGGUGGUAUAUCGCCCUCUAUCGUCCAAGCAUCGAAGAAGUUACAAACCAGCAAGUGCGCCGGCGUGACGGUUGUUCGGAUUGGUUCACAGUACCACGAUGGGUUAAAGGUCACAGGAGUACCAAUAAAGAUUAAUAUGGAUUUGAUGCAGAAAGAUGAGUUCGUCCUUUCUGAAUGCAGUAUCCCGUCUGAAGAUAUUUGCGAAUGCCCUAAUUGCCGCGAUAAGAAAGCGACACAAGAACUACCCGAUCAAGAACUUGAUGAUACACAUUUAAAAAGUGACGAGUCUAUGUUAAUGGUAGUAUCAAAGUCACUCGGUGUUACCUCCCCAGUCAAGAGACCGAGCUCUAAUACUCAACAUAAUAGAAGAAGCUAUAGCAAAGAUGUUGUGCCAGCUCAAGCCCACAAGGAUAAGAACAGUGAGAGACCCAUCCCGAGGUCCAAAAGCGCAAGAGCCCAAGUUUACUCUCCUCCAACACUAAAGAUUGACUCAGAUAGCUUGCCAGUCGUAUCAUCUCGCUCGAUCACUGGUCCGAGGAUACGAUACGAGGUCACCUCCUCUCUCAGCACGAAGGCUGUCGAAGAUGAUAACGACUCGGUCAUUUCCGGAAGUGGAGACUAUCUCAACAAGCAAAUCGAAGCAGUUGCGAAAGCACAGGACACGAUCGAACACUACCCGAAUGUUGACGAACGGCCGAAGACGAGUUCCGAGAUUCCGAUAUUUUCGUGGCGCCCAGCCUUGAAAGACAUUCUCCGCAGUAAAUCAGUUUCGCUGCGCCGACGAUCAAUGGGAUGCAUAUACGCAGACUCGACGUCUCCAGCGAAAUGCUUGAAACAUGGUAAAAAAUGUCCUGAAAUCCCUAAAACUGUUGAAGACAAUGUUACAAGCGGAUGUCCCUCAUCCUACGUGUGGAGUCGGGGCAGACGACUCAAUAUUAGUAUCGAUAUGCGAUCGAUUCGAUUACCCCCUAUUUUGAGCUACAGCCAAAGAUCUGCGGAAGGUCCAUCGGGUUGUGCGGCUUGCGUAGCAGGUGUUUCAUGCUAAAAACUGGCUUUAUGAAGUUUUGAAUCUCAGAACAUUCAUUAUUCAAGGUUAGAGCUGGAAGAGCACACCAAAGUUUUUUUUUUAAUAUAUAUUACCACUUAAUACGCUUUUCACCCGUUUGCAUUAGAUAGGUAAACAAAUGUAGUUUUCAUCAUAUUUAUAAAUUUAUUGAUGAAUUAAAGCCAAAUUUUCUAUGUCAUCAGACUGUAUAAAUAUUCAAUCAAUUACUGGCGUGCGCCUGUAAUCCAAGCUGUGGGGAAGUUACAAAUUGAUGCAGGGGUUCGAGGUUCGAGCCCUGGUCACGUAUUUUGGAUGGUGACGUUUAAGAUCGGUCCCAGACGUAAAUAAUCUAAUCUGAUUGAUACACGUCUGACAAAACUCAAAUACACACACACACUUAAAUGGGGAUAGAUUGAUAAAACGAUUCUCAUAAAGAAACAAUAUAUGUCAUGUCUAAGUAUUUGACUGGUCGUCUUUUCAAAUUAAUGAUCAUGAAUGGCUGAGAGGUCUUUGUCGAUAAUUGGAUUGGUGAACCGGAACAGCAGUUUCGUCCUAAGCUUUGGAGCUGACAAAAAUGGAAACUGCUGUUUUGAUUUACCAAUUUUCGACAUAGACUUCUUGGUUGUCGAUCGUCAUGAAGACAUUAAUUAUACAUUUUCUAUAUUGUUGAAUCUGUCGUGCAUCGUGGAUGGAAAACUGCCCAUUUUCAAAAGAGAAAAUAAAAGAAUGCUCUAGAGAUAUACUUGUUUGGAGACAAUAUGAGUUUUUCCCUCAAUAAAACAAACAUUCAUUGACGUCUCAUAAUUAAGAAUGGAAUAUUAUAAGCACGAGCAAUACCAACAAAUAACUAAUCCAUUAUCAUGAUUAUAAGUCCCGUGCCAUUCAACAUUCAUCCUCAAUAUUUUUUUGUCUAAUCCAUUAACCGGCAUGCUUUGUGAACGAACGAUAUUUAUUCAGUAUUUCGAUGUAUAUAUUUUCAUAUCAUCAGCUUCGCCCCUCGUUUUCCCUCCCCACCCCUCACCCUAUCUUUCUUUCUCUAUCUCUCUCUCCUCCCUCCCCUCCCCCUCCCCUCUCUCUCUCUUUCUCCCUCUUCCUUUCUUCACCCACUCUCUCCCUUGUUAUCCUCCUAAUAUUCAUCUCCCUCUGUAUACCCGUUUCUCUCAUAAUUGAAUUGUAAAUAUGCACAAUAAUUGUUUUCGGUUACCUAAGUGGUGUGCGAUUUUAUAUUUCAAUUAAUUCAUCAUUCAUUAAUUCAUUAACACACUCACAAGCAUUUAUUUUGAGCGUUUUCCACGAUUCUUUUGGAGUGACUUAUUGCUCGUCUGUCUCACAUUGGAAUAAGAAAAUAUGCAGUUUUGCAAACCGUGAAAAAUAAAAUAACGUUGCAAUUUA